AUGACUGAAGAGAAGCAGCAGAAGCCAUUGUAUGCUCAACGGCUUUGUGGUAUGGUUGCUUUGACCACAUUGAGGGCGGGGGAUGACUUGCUAGCGGCUGCUGCCAAGGGUAAAAUCAGGGAAGAUGUUUUAAAUGCACGUGCCACACGACUGCUUGGGUUCAUGCAGCCACAGAGUGAACUCUCAUCCACCGAAGAGGUGCUUCUGAGGGCUUUUCAACAAGAGUUUGACAUAUCCCAGCCGGGGGUACGACACACUCUUCUGUGUUCUUUUCCUCCAGGUGAUGAAAGCGGAGGGUUUUGCCAUUGUGCUCGCCUUUACCGCCCCAUGUUCAACUACACUAAGUGUGAGACCGCCGAUUAUGGUUACUAUCUCAUUGAUCUUAGCGUCGUGUAUAAGGAUCCCACCACCUUGUUGGACGAACUACAGAAGCGAUGGAUAGCAUUGACAAAGGGACUGUCGUCCGAGGAACCUGAACUUGUUUUAAACAUCCCUGAGGUUAUUCUUGUUGUUUUGCAUCCGUCUGAAGCGGCACCGAGAACUACACUGGGGAGUAUGCUACCGUCUCUUGUGAGGCUUGUGUCGGACCAUACAGGCAAGGAGAAGGAAGAAGAGAAUGCGGGAAGGUGGGAGGUACGAAUGUCCGGUUUCCCACCACGACACAAAUUGAAUCUUCCGUUGCGGCAGCUUAAGCAGCUUUGUACCGUUUCCAUCGAAACGAGGUCGGAAAACUACACAAACGGAUGCAACUGGAUCAUUAGCAGCCGGCGAAAGUCUGCCAUCAAGUCCAGUUCCUGCAAUGUGCACCUUGUAUCCAGCGACUUUCUAAAACAUUCAUUGUUCUUUAUGGAAUGGUGCGUCCCAGAGGAUUUUCACUUGAUCCCUCGCUGGCCCGCUUUGAGAGGGGAAGGGCCCACAAGCGAUGUGCUAGCCAGGUUGCUUUUGGAUGUAACAAAGCAAGAAGCGGGCACUACGAUCCCUCCGGAAAAAGUUCCUCAAGGUCGGCCUCGUCUCAACAUCGACGUCACGGGUAAACGAUUCAAAGAGUUGGAGGGAAUUUCAAGGAACAUAGUCCCUUGGGUGCAUGUUUUGUGUCCGCAGUGCGUAAAAGGCGGUGAUGGGACAAAUUCCCUGUCAACUACUAUACACUCGCACCCGGAUAAUAGUUCCGAGUACAGCUGCGGAGAGGUCGUACGGAUUCCAUGCGCUUUGUCUUCCGAAGCGUACAAUUACUAUGAGCAUCGAGUGAAAACGAUUAACGGCAUAAAGCAGGAUAUUGACGUGCGCUUCGUAGAGAGCGUGUAUACUGCCGUUUCUACCGUACCACAACAACAUCUAGCAGUGGAUAGCUUACUCGGUCAACUCGAAAUGACAGAAGAGAUGUUUCAUAAUCUCUCUCUCCUGCAAGGUUACGGGGCCUCCGUACUUCCACUUUCAACCGGUGUCGCAGCUUCCACUUCCGUUGUAGCUGCGACAUGCGCGGUUCACGCUGGUAAAACCGCUACCAACAGGAGAGUGACAUGGUUGCUGCACAAAUGGGAGGCACAACACCGUGGUCUUCCCGAAAGAAGAAAACACACCUCUGCACCGCCACGUUCAGCUAAUGAAAGCCACAUACCCGAGGGCAUCGGAUCUUUGUUGGAGGUGCUGAGAGAACAGUUCCUCACGGUCACGGGAAGUGCUUCACCACAUCGUGGCCCCUUUUUUCUUUCAAGGGAUGGGGAAAAGAUGCUGGAAACCCCAUUUAUCACUGGGGAGAAUGUGGAGGAGAUUAAUGAAAGAGUGGUGGAACUAGCCGACGUGGCGGAGGUAAAGUGCAUGUUUGAUGUUACAACGAACUCCGAGACAGACGCAGAAGUAAACGAGGAAAAUAUUAUGGUUUCAUUGCCAUCCGGACUGCUUAAAGACACACUAAAGUCAUCUAUCGUCUCCUUUGCACCGUGCUCUCCGAUCUUAGGCGCGGUUGUUAACUCCAACACCGGCGACGGUGCCGAUUCAUGUGUUUGCGAGGAUGAUGAUCUGAUUGUGUUCGAAGGUGCCUCGGGUUGCACAUGCACACCUGAGUCCUUAUUGGAACUUUUAGGUGCUGUCCUCAAUGACUAUCUGAAACUAUUUGAAGGAAGCGAAAGGGUCGGAUGUGAAUCGUUUUGUCGUCGCCGCAUGGCUCAGCGGGAGUCGGUCACCACAAAUGGUUUUUGGGGCGCAAUCAUGGAGGAGUUACGACAUGCUUUAGUAGUCGUUAGGGAUAACGGUGUGAAUGAUUUCAAUGGGGCGGAUGGUGUGGCUGCACAUUUUCUCCCUAAAGCAGCGGAGUGUACUCUUCAAACCCUCCGAAAGCAUCUGAGAGAUGCCGCGUGCGCGGAGGCUCCGGCCACCGAGGGACGGGGAAAACUGUGGCUAAAACAUAUUGCCUUUUUGUUGGCGCAUGCCUCUUUCUCCAACGCUGCUGCGGGAUCUGCUCAUGUGUUGAAUCAUCGCAGCAAGUUGAAUGAUUUCUCUUCUAAGGUGCUUGAUGAAGAGCGUUUCAGACGUUUCGUUCGUGGGCUGGAAGGACAUUUGUUUUUUCUUGAUUCAGCGUUAUUGGCUGUCGACACAGCGGUGCUCAAGCGGUGGAAACUUGCAGACGAGGAACUGGGUAGACGGCAUCCCAAUUAG